AUGACUUUCUGCGGUACUGAUUUUUCUGUUCAUAUGGACGAGGAGGCUCCUUCUCCUGUGGCUGCUGCUACCAAGACUCGUGGUCAGGAUGGUGACAAGAAAGGUGGCGCGGAUCCGCAGCCUGUUGGCGCCGGCAGCGUGUUAAAGACUCCGUCUCGCCACAAGGAUCCUGUUGUCAGCACUCAUGGUUCUGGGGGUAAAGGAGAUCCCAUGGUGAUUUCCUCAUCUGAGGAGAGUGGCAGCGAUUGUAGCGACUUUCCUGAUAUUGAGGAGUACCUUAACGCUGAGGGAAAUGUUGAUGCUGCCUCUGCUGGUGUUGACAAUCCAGUGGGCUCAGGAGGGGAUCCCAUGGAGCUGGAUGAUGGGUUCCUUUCUGAUGCUCCUUCUCUUGACUGA